GAAGCGCUUGCUAGUUGUUGGUCUCUUCAUCGCUUGGCUUUGCAACUCCUCGUGACCACGCAAUGCAUCGGAGCUUGUUACAAUCUUCUUCUUUCUCUUCUUCUGCAUGCAUACGAGGGUCGAGAUUCGAUCUUGCUACGAUAUUUUGUAUUUGUGUAGCAGUUUGUGAGCCUUCUGUUGUCUGCCGAGGGUUUCUGAAUUCCGUAACCGAUUUAUUAGCUCAAAUUCAGGUUUGUUAGGAGUGUGGGGGGAGAGCUGGGGUGAAGAUAUCGUCAUUCAGUGAAUUCAAGAGCCAUGUCAGUGCAUAGAUUAGCGAUGAAGCAGAACAGAUUUGACAUUACUAGACCAUGGUAGAUGAUUACAGCCCACGAGUACUCCAUCCGAAAGCAAGAAUUGUAGUUUUAGAUGUGUAGUUAAGGUUAUUUCCACGAGUAACCACACAGAGCAUGAGUGAACUAUGUGAAAUCAUGAGUGAUGAACCUUGUCCCAUGUGGAACAAACUUUCAUCCGAGCUGCAAGACAGGGUGCUGGCCUUCUUGCCAGUCCUCGCUCUCGUCAAUCUACGCACCGUGUGUAAGAGAUGGGCGACUCUACCAUCUUCACAAAGCUUCAAAAUUCUGUGCAUGCUGGUCAGCCCUCAACCUUCGUACCUUCUCGUUUGUCGACGAGCACACACAUUCUGUGCCGCAUAUGAUCAAUCUCUGAACUUGUGGUAUGAUCUCAACCUCCGGUUUCUGGAUCAAAUGUGCUUGCCUUAUUUGGAAUGUCCAAACGGAGAGGUAUAUCAUUCCGUCGAAGCAGCAUCUGGAGGUUUGUUCUUCAUAUGGUCUCACAAAAGCGAUGGCGAGCCAAGCCUGUACAGUGUCUGCAAUCCUGUGACACGAACAUGGCGAAAGCUUCCGAGUUUACCCUAUCAUAUUGUUCCGCUUGCGGUUGCCAUGGUUACCGACAGACUCACCUGGAAGUACAAGAUAUUUGUUGCUGCCGAUUCGUCACCGGAGACAUUAUUGAGCCCCAUGGCAAUGCAGGUUUACGAUUCAUCCACACGGUGUUGGCAGAGGCUCAGGCUCAUGCCUCCACACCUCGACAUUGUUUGGUCCUCGGCCAUUUGCAACGAAAUCAUGUAUGUGCUCAGCUUCGACCCUUGUGACCUCUGGUCCUACGAUUUGAAUCGAGAUCUCUGGAACAAGGUUGACAUACAAGUUCCCUACUCUUUGAGCAUGACUUUGUUGGUUAACUGCGGUGAAACAUUGUACUUGGUUGGUGAGGUCAGAGGACACACUCCCAGGUGCAUCUCGAUCUGGCAGUUCAACAUGACAGCCAGAACUUGCUCAGAGAUUUCUCAGAUCCCUCACCCUCUGUUUGAGGACCACGCUUCCGACGAAACUUAUCGGAUGUGGUCAGCUAUUGGACACAGGAAUGGCAUAGCCUUCAAAAACGGCGUGGUGAGGACGUUGCUAUACGAUGUUAACCAACGAACUGCCAACUGGCUUCCGGAUUGUCGAGGCAAUUUUGAAUAUGACAAUGGCUACUCGGUUUAUGGUUAUUCAACGCCACUGAACUUUGAGGCUGAAGUUUAAUCACUCGCUGAUGCUCUGUUCGAUUGUUCAGAUCAUUUCUUUCAGUUGCUGGAAGGCACAGCUAGAUCAAAACACGAAAUCGAUUCAGAUUUAUUCAGCAUAAUUACAAACGUUGUUGCAGUUUAGGCUGAAUGCACCAGGAAUGUAACGUCAAGUUCUGCAGAAUAGCAUGGCACAGAUGAUACCUAUGAAUGGAUGUGAGCCUCAUGACAAGUGAAAUUUCCCUGUCUGAGGUUCAGCCACAGCAAGUGAUUGUCAAAAUGGCAACUCAUUUUUUUCAACUUAUUGAACAUUACGUUAUGGUUUCUGGCCCUUGAGAAAUGAAGACUUUUCAACAUCAGAACUUCCAAACAUACAAGAGCGAUGCUGGAAUGAGAAUGAAAACUGCUUUGUCUGAAGGAAAAUCAACUGAUAUGUCACGCAAUGGUGAUGAGGCUGAUAUUGUGGAAGAAGCUGAAACAUUGAAUUUUCAGCAGAACAUAGGUGAUUAAUCCCUCGUGCCAAGUAUUCGUGCAAGGGGGAAGUAACUACGAAAAAUGAGAGUUCAAUACUUCUCAGUUUAAUCUUGCAUCAUACAACAGUAUGUUGCCUCAAUUAUAAACACGUGACCUAUGUGUAAA